AUGGCCACCAACAUCACCUUCCACGCCAGCGGGCUCACCCGCAGCGAGCGCACCACGCUCCGCAAGCAGCCCGGCCUGACCAUCUGGCUGACCGGUCUGUCGGCGUCGGGCAAGUCGACCAUCGCCGUCGAGCUGGAACACCAGCUGAUUCGCGAGCGCGGCGUGGCGGCCUACCGCCUGGACGGCGACAACAUCCGCUUCGGCCUGAACAAGGACCUGGGCUUCAGCGAGAAGGACCGCAACGAGAACAUCCGCCGUAUCGCCGAGGUGGCGAAGCUGUUCGCCGACAGCGCCUCCAUCGCCAUCACCUCCUUCAUCUCCCCGUACCGUGCUGACCGGGAUACCGCGCGCCAACUGCACGAGGUGCCCACGCCCGGCGAGGAAACGGGUCUCCCCUUCGUCGAGGUCUAUGUCGAUGUCCCCGUUGAGGUGGCCGAGCAGCGCGACCCCAAGGGUCUGUACAAGAAGGCCCGUGAGGGAAUCAUCAAGGAGUUCACGGGCAUCAGUGCCCCCUACGAGGCGCCCCUGAAGCCCGAGAUCCACAUCAAGAACCAUGAGGUUCCCGUGCAAGAGGCCGUGGCUCAGAUCAUCGCUUAUCUUGACUCCAAGGGAUACCUGCCUCCGAAGAACUAA